UGAGGAUCUGGUGCAGGGCCUGAGUCUAAGCGUGUCACAGUGUUUUAUCCCUGGUGGGGCAGCCCUUGUCAAGGGGACCCUCUCUUCCCUCUGGGGCAGCACUGAUUCAGUCUCUCCUGCAGCAACAGCGCCGCCUGCAGCAGCGCAGUGAGGAAGCCGGCCAUCUCCCUGGCUGACAGCACGGACCUCAGGGUCCUGCUCAACAUCAUGUACCUGAUUGUGGAGACCGUCCACCAGGAGUGUGAGGGCGAUAAGGCCGAGUGGAGGACCAUGCGCCAGACCUUCAGGGCCGAGCUGGGUUCCCCGCUGUACAACAACGAGCCAUUCGCCAUCAUGCUGUUUGGGAUGGUGACCAAAUUUUGCAGUGGCCACGCCCCUCACUUCCCCAUGAAGAAGGUUCUCUUGCUGCUUUGGAAGACAGUACUGUGCACGCUGGGCGGCUUUGAGGAGCUGCAGAGCAUGAAGGCCGAGAAGCGCACCAUGCUGGGCCUGCCCCCGCUGCCUGAGGACAGCAUCAAAGUGAUCCGCAACAUGAGGGCCGCCUCGCCGCCCGCGUCUGCCUCCGACCUGAUCGAGCAGCAGCAGAAACGGGGCCGGCGGGAGCACAAGGCGCUGAUAAAGCAGGACAACCUGGACGCCUUCAACGAGCGGGACCCCUACAAGGCCGACGACUCUCGAGAGGAGGAAGAAGAGAACGAUGACGACAACAGUCUGGAGGGGGAGACAUUCCCCCUCGAGCGGGACGAGGUGAUGCCUCCCCCACUACAGCACCCCCAGACUGACAGGCUUACCUGCCCAAAGGGGCUCCCAUGGGCACCCAAGGUCAGAGAGAAAGACAUUGAGAUGUUCCUCGAGUCCAGCCGCAGCAAAUUCAUAGGUUACACUCUGGGCAGCGACACGAACACAGUGGUGGGGCUGCCCAGGCCAAUCCACGAAAGCAUCAAGACUCUGAAGCAGCACAAGUACACGUCGAUCGCGGAGGUCCAGGCGCAGAUGGAGGAGGAGUUCCUUCGCUCUCCUCUUUCAGGGGGAGAAGAGGAAGUGGAGCAAGUCCCUGCAGAAACACUCUACCAAGGCCUGCUCCCCAGCCUGCCCCAGUACAUGAUCGCGCUGCUGAAGAUCCUGCUGGCUGCAGCCCCCACCUCCAAAGCCAAAACCGACUCGAUCAACAUCCUGGCCGACGUCCUGCCUGAGGAGAUGCCCACCACAGUGUUGCAGAGCAUGAAGCUGGGCGUGGAUGUGAACCGCCACAAAGAGGUCAUUGUCAAGGCCAUUUCCGCUGUCCUGCUGCUGCUGCUCAAGCACUUCAAGUUGAACCACGUCUACCAGUUUGAAUACAUGGCCCAGCACCUGGUGUUUGCCAACUGCAUCCCUUUGAUUCUAAAGUUCUUCAAUCAAAACAUCAUGUCCUACAUCACUGCCAAGAACAGCAUUUCCGUCCUGGAUUACCCUCACUGCGUGGUGCACGAGCUGCCAGAGCUGACUGCUGAGAGUCUGGAAGCAGGCGACAAUAACCAGUUUUGCUGGAGGAACCUCUUUUCUUGUAUCAAUCUCCUCCGGAUCUUGAACAAGCUGACCAAGUGGAAGCACUCAAGAACGAUGAUGCUGGUGGUGUUCAAGUCCGCCCCCAUCCUGAAGCGGGCCCUGAAGGUGAAGCAGGCCAUGAUGCAGCUGUACGUGCUGAAGCUGCUCAAGGUGCAGACCAAGUACCUGGGGCGGCAGUGGCGCAAGAGCAACAUGAAGACCAUGUCUGCCAUCUACCAGAAGGUGCGGCACCGGCUCAACGACGACUGGGCCUACGGCAACGGUGAGGCCUGCAAGUGGGUGCUGUGGGGGUCGGGCAGCGGCGACCUCUCCCCCUCUGCUCCAGGCCGCCCUGAGGAAUCAGGUGGGAGCGUGAGGAAGGACCUUGAGAAGCUGCCCAGACUCGGUGUCUGAUCAUCCCCAUUCCUC